AUGGACCCCGUUGCAACACCUCCCAGGAUAUCCAGAGUCGAUUCGCGCUACCGUCACCGAGCGCAAAACGUCCCGCCCCAGAGCGAACCUGUGCCGCAAUCUGAAGAGAAAGAGGAGGAAUCAAGCCAGGAGGACCUUAUCCCUGAACUGAGAGCCAGAGACAGCAUGAGCAGAGGCCAUCGCUUCUUUCACCGUCGUGCUGCGCUAGGCAACACGAAGGUUGUCACUGUCGCCGUCGAAGUAGUCGGGACUGUCGAUACGAGCGGAAGUUUCAUCCCUCAGGAGACUAUGGCGCCCGUCACACCUCAGUCCCCAGAUGCACCUGCACUACCGACUGCUGCAGCAGUCGCAGCGCCUUCACCCGCACCAGCGCCCUCGGUAGCUCCCGCGGCGCAGCAACCAUUGCCCUCCGCUCCCUCACCCGGCACUGCUUCCUUGUUCUCAUCUUCUUCAUUCAUCUCUCUUGACAGCAUCUCGGCGUCAACUGCGACUGACCUGAUUGCGACCAUCGCAGACGCUCCGACUCGUUCGACAUCUUCAUCGGCAUCGCAAUUCACGUCCUCGUCCGACGCACCGUCAUCUUCUCAAACUUCAGCAGAAUCUGCUUUCACUAGCAGUGCCGUCAUCUCCUCGGAUGCUGCGUCAACAACAGCAUACUAUGGUGGUGCCGGUGGGGACGCGUCUGGAACGGCGGCUGCCCCUGCUGCCACCACAGCAGGCAUCUCAGAUGCUGAUGCCGACACCGCUCCUUCUCCACUUGAAACCCCACAGGUCGUCGGAAGUGUAGUGGGCAGUUUGGCAGGCGCUGCGCUCAUUCUCGCCAUAAUACUGCUGCUGCUUAGACGUCACAAGCGGAAGCAGGGCGGUGCUUUACAACUCACUGGCGACGAUCACACCGAUAACAACCAGUCGAUGAGGCAAGCACCCACCACAGCUAGUACUUUGGCUCCUAUCGCCUUCUUGAACCGUUUCUCUGGUUUGUCAGGCAAGACUGCGGAAACCAACCUCAGUGGUGGUGAACGCAGCUUUCAACGGGUGUCAGGGCGCAAGCUUCCUUCCGCCUUCAGCGAGGGCAUGACAUCAGAUCAGUUCUCUCGUGGCGGCACAAUGUCUGGAUCUUCUUUCUACCAAGAUGAACACGGCACAUAUGGCGGUCCCGGCAUGUCAAAAGAGUUUGGCAAGGAGAUCGGUGACAGCCCAACGAACCGAGAGUCAGGACCCAUGAACAUUCGACCCAGCCCAGCCAGGACACCAGUCAUACGGCAUCCUGAUGAUGGCAACCCCUUCUCGGACCGUAACUAUCUCAGUCCGCCACAAUCUCCAAAUCCUGAUGCCCCACCCAGAGGCACUCUUGGAAGAAGUCUGCCUUCGGCGGAUGGAUCCAGGUCAUCUCGGUUUACAGAGAACGUUUGA